CAUUCGCAGCAACAAGAAGUUUGAAAUUGUGGAGUUUUCUUUGUUAAAGUGUGUGAAUUUCAAUAUUUUGGAUAAUUCUUUUAGCAUUUAAGGUGUUAAAACAUGGCUUCUUCUUCAUCGAACUUCACGAAUUUUAGUCAAUGGAGUGAAACAUUAAAACGGAUUCCUAAAGGAAAAUUUGCAAAUUUAUUCCUGGAUGAAACUCAAUCUGACGUUACAUUACUAGUUGGACCAAAACGCUGGCCUUUUCCUGGACACAAAGAAGCAUUGAGCUCUGCAUGUUGGAUAUUUAACGUUGCAUUAUGUUUGCUGAAAUUGGACGAAAUAAUCAUUGAGGACGUGAAACUCAAUGAUUUUCAAUUAUUUCUGGAAUUCCUGUACAAAGGAACAAUUGUACUUAACAUCGACAAUGUGUGGGAAUUACUUAAAUUAGCCCACAGAUUCGAAGUGAAGCAUCUUGAAGAAUUUUGUGAAGAUUUUCUGAACAAAGAAUUAAAUCUUGGGACUUGUAUGAAUUUUUAUGCAAGAGAUACAUUUCGAUAUGUGAGCCUAGAGCUUAACAACAAGAUUAGGGAUAUGAUAUGUAAUCACAUGAGUCGUUUGGGUUGUUUGAAUGUUGAUUCUAAGAAUCUUUCAAUAAGUAAGAUGAAAAUCUUAGCACAGUCACAUAAUACGAAUUGUUCUGAAGUUUUCUUGUUUAAUAUGUUGUUAUAUUGGGCAAAAGAAAAUUGUGGAAAGGCAGGAAUUCCAAGUGAUCUAAAAAAUCUUAGAAGAAUUUUGGGUGAUGUCUUCUAUGAGAUUCGUUUUCCAAAUAUGCGAAUGGAAGUAUUCAUUGAUAUUCUUGCAGAUUAUGCAGAUUUAUUUACAACAGACGAAAUUUCGAAGAUUAUUAAAUGUAUAAAUAAUAGGAAGUGGUAUAAAUGUAUGGAAGAAAUUGAAAUUCAGGCAAAGGUUGAAAAAAGGCCACCCAUUAAUAUUAAGGAAGAGUCAUGUGGAAAAUUUAAAAAUACUUUCAGAAGAUACAUUCUAGAUUGUAGAAUAAAAGUUUCAUGGAUAAUGAACGAAGUUUUUUUGUCAGAUAACAAAAAAAGAGUAUUUUGCAUCAAUAAAGAACCAUGUCGUUCACCCCUUAUGUCUAAGACGAAAGCAUUUAUUUCUAUAACAUUUAAAACUAAAAAACCAAGAAAUUUAAUUGGAUUUGGAUUUCUUGCAGAAGAUAAAGUUAAUUUACAAGAUAAAUUUUUUAUUGAAAUCAAAAUUUCCCCCUUAGUAAGACAUGCACAUGUAAUUUCUUAUGGGACGAUGGGUUCUAAGACAAGUAAAUUACCUAAUAAUGUCACUUAUAGAGAAUUUUAUUUUACACAAAAAGUUUACAUUGAUCCAAAAUAUACUUAUGAUUUUUUUGGUCAUUUUAAAGAAGAGUUACCAUAUUGUUUCGAUUAUUCCUGUAUUGAUGAUUCCUUUAGAGAUCCUACAAUAGAUUUUCAUUCCGCAGUUCGUUCCAGAGCAGAUGUACCCUGUUUGAUAUUUGAUGAAUAAACUGAUUUAAACAUUUUUUGAAUAAAUAAAAAAAUACUUUGAGAAAAUAA